UUCUCUCACAGCGGGAAACUACCAACAAUGAAGCUGUGGCAGAUAAGAAAGGAAAUGAUGUUAAAAACAGCUUUAACCGCGUUUGUCCUCUCAUGUUUCCUGGGACGUCUGGAUUGUGAAGAGCUAACAGUCAAACAAGCAAAGGAUGUAACUCUGGAGUGUUAUGGCCACAGUGAUGCUAACAUAAUGAUAAGCUGGCAAAAGCCUGACCUGCAGUCAGAGUAUUAUGUGUUUUACUUCAGCGAUGAACACAUUCACAAAGACAAACAGCAUAAAUCAUUUAAAGGUCGAGUGGAGCUGAAAGAUCGAGAAAUAAAGAAUGGAAACUUUUCUGUGAUUCUCAAAAAUGUCACCAUGAAUGACGCUGGAAAAUAUGAAUGUUAUGCUGGACACAGCAAUCAGGAACCUAAGCUUUUGAAGAGCAUCAACCUGAAGGUAAAAGAAGGUCAGACAGGAGGACACAGAAAGGACAGAGACCAGAGGAGUGGAUCUGAUGGUUUAGAAGUUGGCCUGCUGAUUUCUGCUGUGCUUGCUGCUGCUGCUGUUUUGUUGAUUUAGCCUUCUGUUGAACUGCAGCCAGUUUGAAAGGCCACAGAUGGAAAUAUCAGUGUAUAUUCACUCCACCCACUCACACUCAGCAUUCAGAGUGACAGAUGUUCUCAGGACAGACAGAAGUUAACAAUGCACAAUUAAACUAAACUGGAAUUUAGCACCUGGAGGAAGCAUUAAGAUAUGUUCGUGUUUGUGAUUAUCUGAAGUUUCCUGCUCAACAUAUAUGUUUGUGUUUACAUUGUUAUCUGCUGCCUUUUUUAGUCACCAUCAAAUAUCACUGAGCUAUUAUAAAUUCUGAAUUUUAUAUUUUGAUAUUUUUGUCCUACACAUUUUUUUAUUUUACAUUUUAUUUUUAUAUUUUACAUGUUUUUGCAUUUUUAAAGGCUUAAAAUACUGUUGAGAAGAAGGUUACAUUAUAUGGAAAGAGGGCCAAAUAUAAGGCCUGACGGCCAUCACUAGUCCACUGGAUGACUUUGAAAAAUAUAAAAUGUGAAUUAAAAAAUGUAAGAUGUUGGACUAUAUACUGCAUUUUGUCAUUAACAGUGGAUAACAUCAUGAGAAUCGAUCAUAGAUUCAAAAUGUUUUUAAACUAUUAGUAUAAAGAAAGUUUUUAUAACUAAUUUUCAGUAUUGAUGAAUCAGUAACAUCAGCAAAAUGUUUUACUUGGUCAUGUGCAAAAAAGAAUAUGUGAAUGAAUCCAGUGCAUGUACGAGCAGAUUAACACCAGGCUGGCCUGCAACAAACACUCUGUGAUAUAUUGUUGUACUAUUGUUAGAUAUGUUGUUUCUACUACUUUACUUUCAAACCAUCUGUCCAAAAUGUGAACAUCUGCAUCCUUGAAAGAGUGACUUUUGACCUUUAGGUGCAGAUGUAGAGCUGAGUCUUGCCCUGUCGAGGUGGCGCUUCUAUGUUGUGUCAUGUGUUUAGUAAGUGGCUGUUUGGUCUCGCCAGUGUAGAGGUCUGAGCACCCCUCGCUGUACUGCACAGCACACACUAUGUUGACUGGCUUGUGUUUGGGAGUUUUGUCCUUGGGAUGAACCAUUUGUGUCCACUAUGAACGACCAUCUCUGAACAGAGGAGGCGGCUCACAACACCGACUGUCUGCCACCUACAACCCAGUUUUGAGAUGCUUGAUCACAUCCUGCAACAGUUGAUCUCAAUAGGUCACAUGACAGGAUGAGGCAAGAUCUCACAAUGGUUUCACCUGAAACCUCCGCUGAUAAAGACCCAUGGCCUUUUUCACACUUUGACUCGUGAUGAUGCACAUGAUUAACAUUGGGUCAUGACCCUCUUAAGGGAAGUGCUUAAAUACCUGGGACUCUCCACCAUUUGGUCUUAGAACUGAAGAAGCUUCUUGGAUGAGAGGUAAAACGUUUUCAAGAAACUUAAAGAAGUGCAGACACUUUUCUUUCCAAGCUCCUUAGACU